UUACCUUGUGACCAUUUGGAGGGGCCUAGGCCCUAGUUUGGGAACCACUGGACUAAACUAGCUGAAUGCACAGUAUUCAUGGUGGUUAAAAUUUGUUCCACCCAGAACAGCUACAACAGUAAAAUGCUGCUGAUGCACUGUUAAUGAUGCCCUGUAGAUUAUCAGUCAUAGAUACAUUUUACUGUAGAACAAGUCAUUUUACAUACAUUUACAUACACAUAUAGAUGGUACUUUGACUUAAGUAAAGGACUUGAAAUAAAAGCUGUGUGUAUGUUUGUGUGUGAAAAUCCUGAAAGUGACACAUUAGUUAAACUCCCAGGAAGAAAGUGAGAACACUGAUUCUUGAAACGCAGACUUUAUCAGUAAAAAUAUGAGAAUAAUUCAUAGAGGUGACUGAAAUCUCUGCUGGAGGUGGAAAAUGUGUUUUGAGUGUUUCUGAUCCACUCUCAUCAUCAAGUUUCAAAGGUGACAUGGCUGGAAAAAGAAACAACCCAGACAACUUUGAAGAGUGUGGCGCUCGUUGUUUGUGGAGCUAUGCUCUCUCUCUCUCUCUCUCUCUCUGUGGUGUGUGUGACCACAGCAUCUCUUGUCCUUUUUCCUGAAGAAACCCAGAAAUAUCUGAUCCAAGUUGUAACAACGUUUCCUCCGCCGUGCAUUCCCCCUACUAAAAACACCCAGCCACCUCCGCGCGCUCAGUGGCCCUCAAUUUUCAUGACGUUUCCUCCUCCGGGUUGCUAUUGGACAAUCCCUCCGCCUGUGUUCGUGACUGACAUCACCGGAGCCACAGUCUCCUCCCAGCGGCAGCAGACGCUAUUUGAGUGGGGGACUAGCGGAUUGUUGUACAUAGAGCCGGUUUAGCGUCGUCAAUGGGAAGAGUGCGAGUCGGUGGCAAAGCGAGUUACGGUCUAGAUUGAAAUCCGCGGCCCCACCAUGCUCUCCAGGUCUAACCCGUGUCUGUGGAUUACAUUUUGCCUUCAUUUAUGCUGUUAUGUAGACAGCGGGGAAGCACAGAAUGCGAAGGAAGUGAUUCUGCUGGACUCCAAGGCACAGCAGACAGAACUUGAGUGGAUCUCCUAUCCUCCCAAUGGGUGGGAAGAAAUCAGCGGCUUAGAUGAGAACUACACACCCAUCCGCACUUACCAGGUUUGCCAAGUCAUGGAGCCCAAUCAGAAUAACUGGCUUCGGACUAACUGGAUAGAGAAGGGCGAUGCUCAGAGAAUUUUUGUGGAACUGAAGUUCACCUUGAGGGAUUGUAACAGUCUACCCGGUGUGGUGGGCACUUGUAAGGAGACGUUCAACUUGUAUUACCAGGAAACAGAUUCGGAGGUGGGCAGGAGCUUACGGGAGAACCAGUACGUGAAAAUUGACACGAUCGCUGCGGACGAAAGCUUCACUCAGGGUGACCUGGGCGAGAGGAAGAUGAAGCUGAAUACAGAAGUGCGCAUAAUUGGCCCCCUGUCCAGGCGGGGCUUCUACCUGGCCUUCCAGGAUGUUGGGGCGUGCAUCGCCCUGGUAUCUGUCAAAGUUUAUUACAAGAAGUGUUGGUCUAUCAUUGAGAACCUGGCCACGUUCCCAGACACCGUGACGGGAUCAGAGUUUUCCUCGCUGGUGGAGGUUGAGGGCAUGUGUGUGAGCGACGCCGAGGAGGAGGCCGACAACUCUCCCAAGAUGCACUGCAGUGCCGAGGGGGAAUGGCUGGUGCCCAUUGGGAAAUGUAUAUGCAAGGCUGGAUUUCAUCAGAAAGGAGAUGCGUGUGAACCAUGCGGUCGUGGUUUCUACAAGUCUUCCUCCCAGGACCUUCAGUGCUCUCGGUGUCCAGCGCACAGCUUCAAUGACCGCGAGGGCUCCUGGCGCUGCGACUGCGAGGACGGUUACUACCGAGCACUCUCUGACCCUCCGUCUGUGGCCUGUACAAGACCUCCCUCUGCGCCACAGAACCUGGUCUACAACAUCAACCAGACCACUGUUAGCCUGGAGUGGAGCCCACCGGCUGACACAGGCGGCCGCAAUGACGUCAGCUACAGGGUUAUAUGUCGGCGCUGCAGCUGGGAACCUGAGGAGUGUGUUCCGUGUGGGCCGAAUGUGGGAUACUCUCCUGCGCAGUCCGGAUUAGUGGACACUUAUGUGACCAUCAUGGACCUGCUUGCCCAUGCCAACUACACUUUUGAGGUGGAGGCUGUCAAUGGGGUGUCGGACCUGAGCCGCACACAGAGGCUGUUUGCGGCAGUUAGCAUCGCUACUGGUCAAGCAGCUCCAUCCCAGGUCAGCGAGGUCAUCAAGGAGAAAGUGCAACAGCGCAGCAUCCAGCUCUCCUGGCAGGAGCCCCACCAACCCAACGGCGUCAUCACGGAAUAUGAAAUCAAAUACUAUGAAAAAGAUCAGAAGGACCGGAUCUACUCCACGGUGAGGUCCAAGUCCACAUCAGCCACUGUGAACAACCUGAAGCCCAGUACGGCCUAUGUGUUCCAGAUCAGAGCGUUCACAGAGGCAGGAUACGGGACUUAUGGUCCCAGACUGGAGAUAACCACCAAAGAAGAGGCCACAGCUGCGAUUGUCUCCAGCGAGCAGAACCCCGUCAUCAUCAUAGCGGUGGUGGCCGUGGCGGGGACCAUCAUCCUGGUGUUCAUGGUGUUCGGCUUCAUCAUCGGGAGAAGGUACGCUCUCGCGGGCCCCAUUGACUCUCCGCUCCUGCACUGUGGGUACAGCAAAGCAGAUCAGGAGGGAGAUGAGGAACUCUACUUUCAGUUUAAAUUUCCAGGCACCAAAACCUACAUUGACCCUGAGACGUAUGAGGACCCAAACAGGGCUGUCCAUCAAUUUGCCAAGGAGCUGGAUGCCUCCUGCAUUAAAAUCGAGCGGGUUAUUGGAGCAGGAGAGUUCGGGGAGGUGUGCAGCGGCCGGCUGAAGCUGCCUGGAAAACGGGACGUGUCGGUUGCGAUCAAGACGUUGAAAGUGGGCUACACAGAGAAGCAGAGGCGGGAGUUCCUGUGCGAGGCCAGCAUUAUGGGACAGUUCGACCAUCCGAAUGUUGUUCAUUUGGAAGGUGUUGUGACAAGAGGAAAACCAGUCAUGAUUGUCAUUGAGUACAUGGAGAAUGGUUCAUUAGAUGCUUUCCUCAGGAAGCACGAUGGUCAGUUCACAGUCAUCCAGUUGGUGGGGAUGCUGCGGGGCAUAGCAGCAGGAAUGAGAUAUCUCUCUGAUAUGGGAUACGUCCAUCGAGAUCUGGCUGCGCGAAACAUCCUUGUCAACAGCAAUCUCGUAUGUAAAGUGUCUGACUUCGGCCUGUCAAGGGUGAUAGACGAUGAUCCGGAGGCUGUCUACACAACAACUGGGAAGAUGCAGGAUAUAAUGAAUUUGAUCUUUACUCCAUCCACUGACCUGCAUUUUACUGAACAGGGAGGAAAAAUACCCGUCAGAUGGACCGCACCAGAAGCCAUCCAGUAUCGUAAAUUCACCUCUGCGAGUGACGUGUGGAGUUAUGGGAUUGUUAUGUGGGAGGUCAUGUCGUAUGGGGAGCGGCCCUACUGGGACAUGUCCAAUCAAGAUGUCAUAAAGGCAAUAGAGGAGGGCUACCGUCUUCCAGCCCCCAUGGACUGUCCACCAGGCCUGCAUCAGCUAAUGCUGGACUGCUGGCAGAAAGACAGAGCCGAACGUCCCAAAUUUGAUCAGAUAGUCGGCAUCCUUGAUAAGAUGAUCCGUAACCCUAACACCUUGAAAACCCCAGUGGGAACGUGUACAAGACCAAUUAGUCCACUGUUAGAUCAGAGCACACCAGAUUUCACCGCUUUCCGCUCAGUGGGAGAGUGGCUGGAAGCUAUCAAGAUGGAGCGAUACAGAGACAACUUCACAGCAGCUGGCUACAGUUCCCUGGAAUCUGUGGCCAGGAUGUCAAUCGAGGAUGUGAUGAGCUUGGGGAUCACGCUGGUUGGCCAUCAGAAAAAGAUCAUGAGCAGCAUACAGACAAUGAGAGCCCAGAUGCUUCAUCUCCACGGUACAGGUGUCCAAGUGUGACUGGGACGGGCCACCUCGGGCAGAGUGAAAACAAAAACAGAACUUAUCUGGAGAAGCGCCUGGGACGUAACAGAUAAUCGUCAAAGUACACAGACAUCUGUUAUGUCUGACUCUUCCGGCUGUGUUCGGAGUGAAAUCAUUCCUUUGUUCCUCAGUGAAGGAUUGUGGUCCGCAUUUUCAAAGGGCACUAAAGAGAGGAAAAGGGCAAAAAACAGCAACAGAAAAAGAAACUACCUGGACGACUUUCUUUUUUUUCUCUUUUUUUUAAGAGGCGCUUACAAACUCAAUAACAUAUCAAAUGGCACAUUGGAAAGGAGUUUGACGCUCAUACUUCUUUAACUUAAAUAAUGAUUUAAGUGCACACCAUGGCUAUGGAUUUCCUUUAAAAAGAAGAGAGAAUCAUCUUGUCUACUUGCAAUGGUUUUUACAUCUUUGUUUUCUAAUUUGUUAAUUUCCUUUGUAUCUGCCACCGUGACAUGUUGUUGCGCAUGCAGCAUUUCUUUUUGCUCUUCUAUUUGGACUUGACAACAGGGUAAACUCUCUUUUAUCCAAAACAGAGGAAACUUUUUAGGUGCAGAUUUCAAGACGCUUUUUUGUGCAGAGACAUGCUGGACUGAACUGUUUGCAGUGACUUGUGUUUUCAUGGUAUCCUCACAUGCUUGUUUGCAGCCUACAGGAGUGACUUUUUGAUGUGGUUUCAACCUUUCAAAUUUUUUUUAUUUAGGAUUUUUGUGAAGAGUGCAACACUGAGGAGACGCAAGACAUGAACUGUUCUUGAAUCACCAGACUUUUAUAUCAGAGUAGCAAUAUCCUUUGUCUUAGUGUUCACUACAGGAAAGGCAGAAACCGUUACUGGGUUAUUAAGUAGAAUGUUUUAGCACUGUUGAGAUUGUAUUGAAAUUGAAGCCACCGCACGUUGUUUUGCCAUAAUUUUGCCUAAAAAGUUGCACACGGGUUGGUGUACUGUUCAGCUGCAAAUAGAAUUUUUAAGGGUGGAUCCAAGAAAAGUGUAGACGUAAUACUGCCUUAAAUAUGUUAGAAUAAGUAUUGCCACUAUUUUAGGCACUUCAAUGGCAAUGCUUUCUGCGGUUCAUUUUGAGGGUGGACAAGUUCCCUAUUUUUUGUUUUCUUUUGAUGUGGAACUUGAACUGAUUAAAUCAAGUUCACAAACAUGGUUUAAUGCCACGAGUGACACAGUCAGCAGAGGAGAAAUGAACUAAACAGAGCAAUAAUUACCAGGUAAAAAUGGUCUGAGACUUUUAAGGUGCUAGGUAUAAACGCUUGUGUGUGCUGUGCUGAGAAAAACCCUUUGGAAAGAUUCAGUCACUGCUGGAAAGGAAAGGAAUGUACCUCUUUGACCUAAAAACGGUUUGGAACGUUCGUGGAAAAACUGCUGUGCCAAGUCAUCCAUUGAAAUAACCAUGUCAUAUUUUGCCACUAUGAUAUGCUAAACCUUUGAUGAAAAUCUACCAUGGCAUGGAAAUGUUGAACUGAGUGGCUGCAGAGAUGAAAGAGGCAACAGUCGAAACACUAGAGAAGUGCCAAUUAGCCUUGCUGACAUCAUCCUCUGACACCAGUACGCCGCCCGGAAAUCAAAGAGCCGCUUCAGGGUUUGGGUAUGAAAAUGCCCGAAACGAUGGAGUCAGACGCAGAGCGUGCUGUUAAAUUCCAUUGUCCCGUCUCCGGUAGGCAGCCGUGCAGCUUCCUUGUUUAUUCCACUCAUCCUUCACAGGCAUAAAUGGAACAUGCAUUAAAGUGUCUCUUAAGAUUUCUCCUAUUUUCCUCCAUAUGGCUUUGUACGGAGAACAGAGACGAGGGGGUUUUGCAGAGGACGCCCUAAAAGCCAAUCACCCUAUUUGGUGCCACCUGUCUCCACUUCAAAUGCACCAAAAGGAGAGGGUUUCCAUGAUGAGUGUGUUUAAGUGCAGUAUUCUUUGAUAAGAAAACACAGUUGCAGUUAUUCGGCUGUCAUGAAAAGAAGAGUGGUGUUCACAAAAGAAAACCAUUAGAACUUCUUUUAUUGCUGCUGUAACCUGAGGUAUAAAUCUAUAUUUUCAAAGAUACAGUCAUUUUCUUUAAAGUUUUGCAUAAAAUGCAUAGACAAAAUGUCAGGAAUCAACCUUGAGCUCAGAGUGAACAGAUCUGAAGUUUUCAUCAUUCUCUCCAUUGUCUCAUGGACUAUGUCCUCAUUAAAUCAGCUACAUUUUAAAUCUAAUCUUUUUCUCUUCGUUUGGUCUCCGUCCGCACAAAGUCAUAACCACUCUCCAGAGAGGGUGAGGCUGAAAACACAACAGUUAACUAAGUCUGUCUGUCAUGGCUGAGGGCUGUUUAAAAAAAAAAAAAAAAAAAAAACAUUUCAAUGUCGCCUCUAGCCCUCUCCAUGAUCGCUGUGAUCGCUUAUUUCAAAUGUCAGGUACGCAGAACAGGUGUUGCCCUUUACCUGUUUUAUAUUUAUUUUGUGAGAUGACAAGGUAAUCAUAAAAUAAACAUCUGAUUAGGGCUGCAAGCACAGUCAUUUUUAUUUUCAUUGUCAAUCUCCCAAUUAUUUACCCUACAACAUGAGAUAAAACUGGAAAAGAUGUAUUCUAUUGUCUAUUGUAUUAACCAAUCAUCCAAAACCCAAAGCUAGGUAAUAACAAGAUAAUAGUAAGAUACAACGAAUAGCAAAUACACACAUCAUAUAACUCAAAUGAACAAUUACCUUAAUAGCUAAUUAAUAAUAAUCAAUAAAUUGUAUAUUCAUCAACUAAUGAAGUUAGAGAGGUAUUGUUUCAGCUCUAGAUUUGGGCAGCAGGGAUAUGCUAAUAACAAUGAGCCACAAUCAGAUCACUAUUUUAUUCUUGUUCAGUUGUCUGAAAGAUAGAAAGAAAAACUCAUGAAUCUGUUUUAUACCACAGUAGAGUUUUACCAGCUGAAUCAUAGCAGACCACUGGGUAUCUAUCUUUGACAGCAUGACACACAAUUGAUAAUUGUUGACCUACAAAGUUACUACCUAAAGUUAGUUUCUUACAAUUUAGUUGAAACUUUAUUUUCCCUCUUCCAGUGAUUAUUCUGUCAUAGAGUCAGGACCCUCUUGGAAUUGUAAAGAUUAUCAUUCUUAGCUGUGGUUGAUUUUUACAACUUUUUUUGAGUAGGGACCCAUCCUCAGCCAUUUUGCAUGUGUCCAAAACCUGUAAAACCUGUUAAAAAAAAAAAAAGUACAGGCUUCACCAAUUUAAUCUUCAUAUGAAAAGUCUGGACUGAGCCACAUGAAAGUCAUCACUUUUUAUUUUGAUACUGUUUUGAAGUUAUACAAUUUUAAAAUGAUGAUGUUAUGUUGUCAGUGUCACCUAAUCACUCACAAAUCAAAUUUGGUUUAAGCUCUUACAACCAAAUUUGGUGCACAUGCUUGGAUGCCACCAAAAAGUUAAUAUGUCAUUAUUGACCAUUUGUGAGGGUGAAAUGUGGUUUUUGCCUGAUCAAAAUAGACAGGGUUUAUAAGCGACUGAUCACAAAUUUAGCAAUAUAGCACUCAUUUCAAAAACUCACCAGUUGGUUCUAGAGACUUCAUUCUUUUUGAAACACAUCUUAAAAUCAAAGUUUGGUUCACUGCAACAAGUGGUCAAUUACUAAGUCCCUCACUCUACGUUUUAGUGUUACCUCUUAACUUUUAAAAAGUAUUUGUAAAGUAUUUGUGCUACUAAAAUUCAGUCACAGAUUGUUUAGAAUCUGAAAAAAAAUGUAAAAAAAAAUUUGAAAUCUGUUACAUAGUGACAAUAAAUGUUAUAGCAUCUGUUACUGUACAACAUGUCCUAACUUGCUAAAUGAGUAAUCAAAUGUCAUGAAAAUUUCAGAGAACAUUUCUUAAUCGUGUGGUUGUUCUUUGAACUUUUUAUCUGUAAAAUCUUGAUUUUGGUGAAUAUUUAAACUUCAACAGCAUUAAUUCUCAUAGACCUCUGUUGUAUUUAACUAUGGGUAUUUUACUUUCAUUAAAAUUCUAUAUUUGGGGUAAAUGUGCUGCCUGUGAACCACAAGGAUUCACAACCAGAGGGACAUCUGUGCUGAAUGUCACUCCUUUGACUUCCACUGUUGUUGACUGGGUGUUAAAAGGUAUAAGAGGCUGGUCACCACCAAAAUAAUUCACCAUUGUUACAAGUCAUUAUCUUAUUUACUCUCUUUGACUUCAGUUCUAUGUAGAACUGUUUAGUGUAUAUUGCUGUCAGUGUAAACUUUUGCCCUGAUGGGUCUCGUCAUUCAAACACAUUAACUUGUGACAGUAAGGUCACUGGUUUGAGUCUAACUCAGCGGGUGUGCAUCUUCCUGUUUCUGUCUGUUGUGAACUGAUUUCAUACACAUGUUGACCCUUUUAAUGUGUAUAUGUCAAACAUUGUGCUUUCCUAAGUGAAAAUUUGAGUUUUGAUUUGUCAGUCCCAUCUAGCAGCACUGACCAGGAACCAUAAUUCAAAAUGGAACCAUCUAUCAGACCCCACCUGUAGUUUCAAUACACAGUUUUGUUGUUAGUAAAAAAAAAAAAAAAAAAAAAAAAAAAAAAGCCAGGUGUUUUAGAGUGACAUUAUGAAAAUUACCUGAACACACAAGGAUGUACACCUGUAAACUUUAAACACAGUUUUCAGAGUCUCCAUGCUUAUUUAUGUGGACAUACACUUUGAUUCAUUUUCACUGUGGGACUCACCCUGACCAGCUCUGAGCCCCCGUGUCACACACACCCUCCCUUUAUCCAUACAGCAAAGCUCAGCAAUUGGGUGUUGGCCAGACCUUUGAAUUGAAUACCGACAUAAAGUCAUUCAGUCAGCACAAAACUCCCCAGUUCGCAGGCAGCACUCUGUCUCAUCCCCCACCCCACCCUCCACUCUGAUUUUAAAACCAGACCCCUGGAGCCCCCCCUCACACCCUAAGAUAGAAUGCUCAUGCCCCCCCUUUUUUUCCCUGUGUUGGGGAAACAGCAGUUUGGGCCAUGUUGAGAUUAAGUCCAGGAUAAAAUCGAUUCAACGUCCAAAUCACCUGUAACCUUCACCAACAAAGUCACUUUACUGUCUGCUUCAGCUUGUUUCAUCCACACUCUGAACUUGAGGUUGCUCAGCUCUAAAAAAACACAAAAGGUUUCGCUUUGGGUCUAUUUCAGCAAAAAAGCCAAACAUCAGAAACCACCAGGAUGUAGAGGGCUGGUUGGAAUCAGGACUAGCAGAUAGAGUAAGAAGUUAUUUUUCAAAUCUUGUGGUACAGCAGUUGGAAAUUAGUUUCACCGCAUUGGUGAGGUGGUGGAUAAUUCCAAAGAGUGCAGCACUGUUGAUUGUGUCAGAAAGAGUCGAGAUUUGAGGGAAUCUUUGUAUAUGUUCUAAUUGUAAAACUUGUACAUUUUAUUUAUAUGGGUUUUUUUUACACAUAUUACUCAGUAGAGAGCUCUGAAUACAUUGAAAAUGCACUAUAUUUUUAUAUCUCGCAGAUGAAUUAUUAUCACCCACAAGAUUUGAGUUGUACAUAAUUUCCAUUUAGGACCAAAGACAGUUGAUAGGAUCUCCAUCUUUACUUUGACUUUGUCUUUAUUUUGCCUUUUAGUUUGUUGUACAGUAAUACAAAUUGUCAAUUUAUUAUUUAUUUUUCUGUGAUGAAAGUAUUGAGAAUAUUCACUGGUCAAAAGUAUUUUCCCCAACAGAAGAAGAUCAUUUAAUUAGACAAUUUCUUGUUACAUAGACAAUUCUUUUUGCUUUGUAACCUUUGUAAUAGACUGUACAUAUAUUUUUGGAAAUAUAAUACAAUCUCUAUAGAA